AUGGUCGCGUGUGGGGCGGAGAUCAUCGUGAUCGUCCCUCUCGCGGUGGGGCCCCCUUCUGAUGAGGGCUUCGGCACCGAGGAGCAGCUGACCGUGUUUCCUGCUCACGUUCCUCCCGCCGGGUUUCCACAUUACGGCCUUGAUAAGGCCGGUGUCCUUUUUGGGUGCUAUGUCCUGGGUGCUGUGUCUCGGGUCACAUGCUCCUGGGCUGCCUAA